GCACCAUCACGACGAAGGAGCUGGGCAACGUGAUGCGGAAGUUGGGCCAGAAGCCGACACAGGCUGACCUGCAGGACAUGAUCAGCGAGGUCGACACAGACAAGAAUGGCACAAUUGAGUUCAACGAGUUCCUGGUCCUGAUGGCCAAGAAAAUGAAGCACGCCGACCCCGAGGAGGAGCUGCGGGAGGCCUUCCGCGUGUUCGACAAAGACGGCAACGGCUCAAUAUCGCGCGAGGAGCUGCGGCAGGUGAUGUGCAGCCUUGGAAUGAAAUUGACUCUGGAGGAGGAGGAUGAAAUGAUAUCUGAAGCCGACCAAAAUGGAGACGGCGAAAUAGACUAUGACGAGUUCAAGAAAAUGAUGUUGGGGAGGUGA